UUCUACCUCCACCAGCAGCAACUGUAUAUAAAAUACACAUCCACAGUGAACACUGACAUCCCAGAAUUCAAUACCCUCGCCUAGUCUUAGUCAGUGCCGGUAGGCUGUCAAACAGCGUCAUAUAUUCUUAGCCGUUUUCUCCCAAUGCUCCUCACGCCAAAAAGCGUCUCUUUUUCACCAAGCAUCCUGCACAAAAAAAAGCUAUCCUCUUCACCAAGAUCACCAUGAAAAAUCCGAAAAUCCAGCAUCACUGAUUCGUAAGCAAAAACCAUCUCUUCUCUCUUAAUCUUUGUCUAAAUUUUCCCAAUUCUCCAGUCCUGCCCAUGGAACUCCCUAGUGUCAGUGCUUUAUCAAAAUCAAACCAAAAUCGGCAUCUAAAUUCAGUGAUAGUGAUCAGUGAUACUUUAAUUGGUGUCCAUUUUCUCCCGGCAUUUGCUGGACCCACGAGGCAUCAGCCUUUUAGAAAAAGGCGGAUUUAACAAAAAACGUGACAAGAAAUGACCCUACUAAGCCCGGUCCGUUUAAAAGGUAAGCAAAUAGGACUCUACGCAGAGUGUUGUUGGUGCUGGUGGUGAUAAUGCCCAAAGAGACAAUCACAAGCCAAAAAGACAAUCCUAAACGUAAUAACUAAUUCAAAAAUGAGCUCUAUGAUCUACACCCUGUAUGGGUUCGCGAUAUUCUUCAUAGUUUUCUGGUUGGGAAUGUGGUGCGUCCACAUUUUAGCAUUAAUAACCGCGCGUUGCAAGCUCCAUCGCAAAACUGCAGUUCCUGCAAGCUACGAAGUUCCUUUGCAAGGAGUUUCAAUCAUAAAACCUUUGAUGGGAGUGGAUUCUAACUUGUACAACAAUUUGGAGACUUUCUUCACGCUGGAUUAUCCGUUGUAUGAAAUUUUAUUUUGCGUGGAGGACAAGCAGGACCCGGUUCUGGUUCUGAUAAAGAAACUGAUGGACAAGUACCCAACUGUGGACGCAAGGCUGUUCCUGGGUGGCUGUAGAGUUGGCGUGAAUCCUAAGAUCAACAACAUGUACCCUGCUUAUGAAGCUGCGAAGCAUGAGCUGAUUCUGAUCAGCGAUAGCGGGAUCAGGAUGAAGGAAGACACCUUGCUGGACAUGGUCAGGUGCAUGGGGGACAAUGUAGGCUUGGUGCAUCAGCUGCCCUUCACUUAUGAGCAGCGGCAAGGGUUCGCUGCAGCUUAUGAAAAGAUCUACUUUGGAACUGUUCAAUCCAGGAUGUAUCUAGCUGCUGAUUUGUUGAACAUCAAUUGCCACACUGGGAUGUCCGCGUUAAUCAGAAAAGCUCCGCUGGAUGAAGUUGGAGGCUUGAAGACUUUCGGGGUGUAUUUAGCGGAAGAUUUCUUCUAUGCUAAGAGUUUAGUGGACCGCGGCUGGAAAAUCACGGUCUGUUCUCAGCCUGCGCUGCAGAACAGUGGACAGUGUGAGCUGCCCUUGUUCCAGGCCAGGUUGAGACGCUGGGCCAAGCUCAGGGUUGCCAUGCUGCCCACAACGAUUAUUCUAGAGCCGCUCAGUGAGUGCUUGAUCCUUGGAGCUUGUGCUUCUUGGGCAGCUACAGUGCUUUUUGAGUGGGACUCUCUGGUGUUUUAUCUUAUUCAUAUUCUCAUGUGGUUCAUGAUGGACUGGACGUUGUUGUGCGUGGUGCAAAACAGUGCGUUGCCGCUUAAUAAACUUGACUUUUUGUUUGGGUGGAUUAUGAACGAAACUGUCAGGCCGUACUUGUUCCUACAAGCUGUUCUGGAUCCGCUUAUUCAGUGGAGGUCCAGGGUUUAUAAGCUCAAGUGGGGAGGCCUUGCUGAAGAAGUUAAGGCUAAAGUUAAAUAUUAGGUUAAGGUUUUUGGUAGCGAGGACUUUUUUUAAGUUUGCUAGGAUUUAUCAGCAGAUUUCUGCUGCAAAGUACGGGAGUUUUUUAAUUAUUGUUGGUGGAAAUUUACGUUAUUACAUUGUUGGAGAAUUGACAAUUGGAUAUUGAUGUUGGAAUUCUAAGUGCAUAUUUUUGUUUGAUAAUUUUUUUAUUUAUUAUUGAUACUUUGGUGGGUUAUGUAAGUGAAAAAAGUUAUUCUGGGAUUUACGCUUGCAGUUUUUUUUUAUAUGAUAGGUUUGAUAGUUAAUUGUAUACAAAUUUGAAUAAUAUGUGACUUGAGAA